AUGGUUUCAAUGGAGGUCGCCAGCCGCUCAGGCGGUGCCAUGACGCAACUCUUGCGACGUUCCGGUCCUAAUGCCAUUCGAUCAACCACCGUUCUAUCUAACAACACAAGGAGAACCUUCUCAAGCGCGAAGCCUCUUCCUCCUACUUACGAAAAGUUAUACACCAAGUACACCGAUGUCCGCCGAGUUCUCGGCAAGCAGCGUCUGACCCUCGCCGAGAAGAUCCUCUACAGCCAUCUCGACAACCCCGAGGACUCCUUGCUGAAUAACACCGACAAUGGACGAAACAUUCGCGGGAAGGCCAAUUUGCGCCUCAAGCCCGACCGUGUCAACAUGCAGGAUGCUUCUGCUCAGAUGGCUAUUCUUCAGUUCAUGUCCUGUAACUUGGCCAAGCCUGCAAUCCCUGCAAGCAUUCAUUGUGACCACUUGAUUGUUGGCUCCAAGGGUGCUGAGGAUGAUUUGUCUGCUGGUAUCCAGACUAACAAGGAGGUUUUUGAUUUCCUUGAGUCUGCAGCGCGCAAGUAUGGAAUGGACUUUUGGCCUCCUGGUGCUGGUAUUAUCCACCAGACCGUUCUUGAGAACUAUGCUCUUCCUGGAUUGAUGAUGCUUGGUACCGACUCCCACAGCCCCAAUGCUGGCGGUCUUUCUACAAUCACCAUUGGCGUUGGUGGUGCAGAUGCUGUUGAGGCCCUUGUCGGUGCUCCUUGGGAACUUAAGGCCCCCAAGAUUUUGGGCGUGCAACUUGUCGGCAAGCUGAGCAACUGGGCUUCUCCCAAAGACGUCAUUCUCCGGCUUGCUGGCCACCUCACAGUCCGUGGUGGUACUGGCUCCAUCAUUGAGUAUUUUGGUGAAGGCGUCGAAAGCCUAAGCGCCACCGGCAUGGCUACUAUCUGCAACAUGGGUGCUGAAGUCGGUGCCACAACCUCGAUCUUUCCUUACACCAAGGCUUCAGCCAGAUACCUUGACUCGACCCGACGAUCUCAGGCGAACAAGAACAUUGAAGCUCUGGAGACCUUCGCCAGCAACAGCUCCGACCCUGAUGCUCGAUGGCAAUUCAAGGCCGACGAGGGUGCUGAAUAUGACGAACUCAUCACCAUCGAUCUUUCGACUCUCGAACCUCACAUUAAUGGCCCUUUUACACCAGAUCUGGCCACACCACUCUCCAAGUUCAAAGAAGUUGUGAAGGAACAGGACUGGCCCCAGGUUCUUUCCGCUGGUCUCAUUGGUAGCUGCACCAACAGCUCUUACGAGGAUAUGACCCGAGUCGAGAGUUUGCUCAAGGAUGCCAAGAAGGCCGGGCUGAAGCCUGCUGCCGACUUCUACAUCACUCCCGGAAGUGAGCAGAUUCGCGCCACGCUUGAGCGCGAUGGCACACUCGAGACAUUCCAGGAGGCCGGCGGCAUUGUUCUCUCCAAUGCCUGUGGUCCCUGUAUUGGUCAGUGGAAGCGACAAGAUGGUGUUGAGAAGGGCACAAGUAAUGCUAUUCUGACCUCGUAUAACCGAAACUUCCGUGGUCGAAAUGAUGGCAAUCCUGAUACCAUGAACUUUCUGGCCUCUCCCGAGAUCGUUACCGCCAUGGCCUUUGCCGGAUCCACUACUUUCAACCCUGUGACUGAUAGCAUCAAGACGCCAGAUGGCAAGGACUUCAUGUUCUCCCCUCCUCAUGGUCUCGAGGGCCCCCAGACUCCUUUCGAGUCUGGCAACGCCGAACUGGGUGUUUUAUCCCAGGCCCCUGACCCCAACACCAAGAUUGCCAUCUCUCCCACUUCCGAGCGUUUGGCCUUCCUUGAACCCUUUGCUCCUUUCCCCUCGUCUGAUCUCUCAGGCCUUCGCGUUCUUGUCAAGGUCACAGGCAAAUGCACCACCGAUACCAUCUCCGCAGCCGGCCCUUGGCUCAAGUACAAGGGCCAUCUGCCUAACAUUAGCACCAAUACACUCAACACUGCCAUCAACAAGGAGACCGGUGAGGUCAACGCUGCCUACGACCUCGACGGCUCCAAGCACACUAUCCCUGAGCUUGGCCAACUCUGGAAGGAACGUGGCCAAGAGUGGCUUGUCGUUGCUGAGCACAACUAUGGCGAGGGCUCAGCCCGCGAACACGCUGCCCUGCAGCCUCGCUACCUUGGUGCCCGUGUUGUUCUGACAAAAUCGUUUGCCCGUAUUCACGAGACCAACCUCAAGAAGCAGGGCGUUGUACCUUUGACUUUUGAGAACGAGGCUGACUAUGAUAAGAUCGCCGCUGGUGAUGAGGUUGCCACUGUCGGCCUAUAUGAGAUGCUCCAGAAUGGUGGCAAGGGCGAUGUCCGGCUUCGUGUCACUAAGUCUUCCGGUGAGGAGAUCCUCAUUCCCACCAAACACGCUGUUACCAAGGACCAGGCUGGUUUCAUUCUUGCUGGCAGUGCUCUCAACCUGCUGUCUAAGGGCAUAUAA